GUCUUGAGACCUGCCAGCUAAGUAUUGCAAUUUUUGGGCCCUAUCUGGUAAGGGAUCCUCGCCCUUCUUUUCCACCAACAUCCUUGGGAGUUGGAGGUGUCACUUUGGGCAGGAUACACCCAAAGUACGUAUGUGAUACAGCCAGGAUAAAAAUGCAUCACUUAUAAAUGCCUGGGCUUUUUUAGGGUUGGCAAUCUCCAUAGAGGUAUUGGGUUAAGACUGUGUUUUGCAUUUCAUUUCCUUGUUUUGUUUCUGUAAGCCAAGUGCUUGGCUUAUUGCAUAGAAAAUCAGCUGCUAUGGGCAUUCACUUCAAUGGGCAAACUUUAAACGAGUCACCAGGGACUGGCUGCUGCUGAGUUCAAAGAGAAGGAGAUAUCCAAAACCUCUACCCAAGCCAAGUUAUGGUGGGAAAUACCAGAAACAAAGAGGAGAAAACUGGGAGGCACAGUAGGCUGAAAGACAGAUACAGUUUGGGUUUCCUGUCCAUAAUUGGUCAGAUUAAGAUGAGGUUGGAAUAAGGAUUUUUAAAAAACCAAAUAAUAAAAAUUUUGCUAAGGGAAAUUUGCUGAACAUCAGGAAACAUGCUCUGGUGUUGGUGUUCUGUGAGCUGUGUGCAAGAAUCUAAGGAUGGAAACACAUGCAAAAAGUUGAUGUGGUACUUCACAAAAUACUGGAAAAUAUAUUAGAAAGAAUAGUUCCGUGCAGGGCAGAAGGUAGAGCAAAUGCCCUGCUAAGCUCCUGCAUUCAUUCCUCUUUUUCCCCAAUGAUUUCACAAGUCUCCCCAGGCCCAAAGGGAAGGACCCACUCCCAUAUUACAGGCAAGGUAGAGGUUGUGUUCAUAAAAAUGGACAAAAGAGGAAGACAGAAGGGGAAAAAAAGAAAAGAAAAGGGAGGAAUAGAUGUCUAAACUGGAGUGUCGCUUCCCUCCAACACACAUGUGAGCAGCAGACUUCUGAAAAGACGACUAGAGAAAGAUUGCCAUCUUCUGGAAGGAUAAAUAUCUGCCAUUAUUCAGAAUACCAAAUCUGAUACAUGCAUAUUUUUGAAACCAUACCAUGUUUAUGAUAAAUUUAUUUUUCAGUCUGAACUCUUAUCCCAUAUAAAUCUAAUUCAGUCUCAUUCCAUCAAUAUAUAUGCUGUGAUCCCAGCUUUAGAAACUGGAUUGUAAUGAAACUUUCAUUAAGCUUAAAAUUAGAAAAAUGGUAACAUUAAGGAUUAUCAGUAGAGAGAUGGACUUUAUCUAUUCUGAAAAACAGGCUUUUUUUUUUUUUUAACUGAGCAUAGAGAAGACAAACUUAAGGUGUCCAGAUGCAGAGAGACUGAACAAUGAAAAAAAAUUACCACUCUUCUUUUAAACAGCAUCAUCUGUUAUUCUACCUACUUCAGUAAAUUAAGUACAUCUGUGUCAAACAGAACCUUUUUAUUAAUCAAAAAGCCUGCAGGCAGUCCAUGGAGCACAGAAACAUUUAGCAUCGCUUUCAGUUAGCCUGUCUUAGAAAUGAUUAUCUAUAUUAGAGGAGUUUAUGCAGUCACUAGGAUUAAAAUAGCUGCAGAGCUACUGACCAUUCUGCUCGGGGCAGGAAGGGUCAGGAGCCUGUGAUAGCACAGCCCACAUAUGGGACCGUGAACUUGUCAGCUCUGUCUGCUGCCUGUGCUGUGCAGGGGCUGUCACAGGCUGUGCUGUCACCCAGAGCUGUUUGUACACCUGCCUCCCAGCCUCUGGGCUCUGGUGUUGGAAGCAGGGGAUGAGAACAGAUGGACCGCUGGUUUCCUCUGUCCCUGCAGAGCAGCAGGGCAGGCAUGCAGGAAAUCUGCCUUGCUCCCUGCCAGUGGUGGUGGGAGCCUCACCCACUUGGCAUUGGGCAAAGCUUUUGUGGGGAAGACAGGGUGCAUACGUUUGGGAUGCUCCUCUCCCUUGCAGUUUGAUUCAGUGCAGUGCUGCUCCGUGCCCUCCAGUGAAAGUUUGUUCUCCUGAGAAGUGAUGCCAUUCUUUUUGCUGUUCUGAUACCAAACAAUGUGUAUCAAUACCCUCAGGUAUUGUGGGAGCCUUUAAACUUUUGGGACAAGAGCUCAGAGAAGAUUUUGGGUUAGUGUGAAUCUUUCUGCCUCUCCUUACUAGCCUCCUAAAUUCAUCCGAUGUGAAUCUGAGCUGUGAGCUUCUUGCCUUGGUAAAAGUUGCCACUAUGAGGGACACUGAUGGUCUUCCCGAUGCUCCCAUCCUUUGGGUGUUGAACUUCUUUGACUCAUCACUGUUUCACAUACCUCUGUCAUGGUGGUGGUGCGGUGGUGCCAGUCUGCUACUCAGCAGCACUUCUGAUAAGGGGCUCCUUUGUCCUCAAAAUCUCCAGUGCCCAUGGGGAGAACUGGAUUGGCAUCUCUUCAGGGUCUGAAAUCCUCAGUCCUCAGAGAAGAUGCAAUCACAUAAACUUCCCUCUCCCCAUUUUUUUCUUCUCCCCUUUCUGCAACUGGCAGAACUGGCCAGGAGGAUAUCCCAGGGCUGGGGGGCUUGUGGCUUUUGUCAUUCUGCUGAGAUGGUAGUGCACAGGGCAAGGGGUGACCUGACACCAAGGUUGCUGGUAGUAUCUGAGCUAAGGUCACUCAUCCCCUGAAGCAUUGGCCAGAGAGCUGCCAGCUCACUCCAUACAAGCUCCCAAACAGCACCGCAUGGCUGGGAUGGCUGGGAUGGCUGGGAUAUUUCUGUGUUUUACAGAAACUUUCUACUCAGUCAAUACAGGUCACCCUUCUGCACUUAAUCCCAGCCCACAGCACCAAUCGCUUCCCGUAUAAUCUCCCAGAACAGCUGUGCUGUGAUUGCAUUGUGGAUUACAAAAUGACCAUUUUCCACAAAACAGCUGCUGUCUGGAAGGAUAGCAUUUAAUAAUCACUGGGGAGGUGAGGGGGGAGGGGAGGAGACAAAGGAGAAAGGGGUUUUGAAGCAACUGGGGUUUCUUGAAGGAUCUAGAGAUGAACAAAACAGAAGACAAACCGUGAGUCCCAUUUCUGUAUUGCUCCUCCAAAUUAACAGGACUUCGAGGACUUGCUGCCAAGGUAAAUUCAAUUCUUUUUCCUUUUGGGACUAUCUAGAUACUAUAGUCAGUUAUUCUCAGUAAGUGCUUGGCUUUUACUUCUUGUUCCCUAUGUCCCCUGCAUCCUUGAUCCAGUUUCUUCUAAUUUCUUUUUUUUUUCUUUUUUCUUAUCACUUGUUCUGAAAUUAUAUGGCCUUUCAACUACUAUCACAAAUCAAUUGAAGAGAAUAUUUUUCCUACUAUUGAAGAUUUAAAUUAGAAAAAUUAUUUUUGUCAAUAUUAUGAGUGGAAAGAUUUUUUCUUUAAAAUAAAAGCAUGAGCAAACCGAAACCUGAUGACAGAAAAUCUUAUAAUCAAGCAUUCAUGAAAAACUGAAAAACUUUUUGUGCUGGUUUCUGUUUUCAGAUGAAAAAUCAUGUUUUUGAGGAGAGCAGUUUUAUCUAUAAUUUCCUUUUCAGUCAUAAGCCAAAUUUUCCACUGAAAAAAAUUCAGUGAGGAAUUUGCCACCAACCUUAGCCAGAAACCCUCACAUAAUUAACUGUUCCUAGUAGGGAUCUGCUCUGUGAAAAUGCUGAUAUCCAACAUGCCUUCAGAUCAUGGAAGUCACUAGUUAUGGUACCACUAAGAUGUUACUGUCUCCAGGGUCCAGCAUCUCCAUUGCUGAAAGAAAGAAAUGCUCUGGUGAAGAGACAAAAAAAGUCUGUGCAUAAACCAGUAUGGGAAUGUUUCAGGAGCUGGGUGUUUUCUUGCCUUUGAUGAGGGUGUUCUGGAUCAGACACUGUUUUCUCAGUGUGAUGAGAUGCUAAUGAAGUCUUGCUUCCCAAGAGGAGCUUCAGCAUCAUCUUUACUGACUGUAUUUCUGAGCUUGCUGGUUAGCAGAACAAAUGCUUCUAACUGCACUACUUUUAGCUGUGGUGCAAUCACAAACAAUGCAAAGCACAAUCUCAUAUGGUUUAUUUAUAGCAGUGUCCACAGUGUGCUGGGCCCUUCUCACACAUCCAGCUCUGAGUGAGUCAACUGAAGUUAUGUGAAGAGGACCAGCAGCAGGCAAUGUCUGUGCAAACUGCAUCUAUUCAUGGGCGAAUAGAUUUUGAGAGUCAUAAAUAGGAAAGGGUGGGAGUAUCUGGAUGAAGUUAUGCCAAACAUAGGGAGUGCCAUGUGGGAAGAGACAUGCCUUGAUUACAUGAAAGUUGAUGUGUGGGUGGAUGACAUCUAAUCAAUCCAUGGAGUGAUAUGCUGGGGUUCUUAGAAGUCAGUGCAGGGUUUUGCAGGAACCAUAAAAUCUUAAGCUUCCCUCUGAGUGAGAAAGGCCACAGGACCCUGGGACACAAACCACUUUCUGAAUUACUUUUUCUGAUGAGAUGAAACCAGGAAGACUGUUUGUGGCAAUGUUUGCUCUUAAAAAAAGCACCCCUUUGGCACUUUGUGUGAGAGCAGAAACAUUGUCAUCCCACCACUCUACCAAAUUUGUGAUGUGCAGAAUAGUGUUUGCUCAGGUGGGAAGUGCUGCUCUGGAGCUUGAACUCAAGCUGCCAGGCCUGGAUAGCUAGGUUUCCCUCCUGAGCAGAUCGCUACUUUGAUGUGUGACUUUCAGUGAUCCAGGAGCAUUUUCCUGCCUUUCCCCACUGUGAAAUCAAUACACUCCCUACCUCCUUAGGUGCAGCAAUGAAGUGCUUGGCAAAGUGUUUUGGACACUUGGAAGCAAGAAUUUUCAUUUAGUUGGACAGAGCAUUCAUCAUGCCCCAUCUGAAGCCCUGCUAUGGAUUCUGAGUCACCCUCUCUUCCCCAGUACAGAUGUUCAGCAUAUUUGAAAUGGUUGAAGCUGACCUACUGCUUCACUGCCCUGGCUUUCAGGAAACGGUUCUCCCACACUGGAUGGAGCUGCUGAAGGGAUUGCCAUGGCGCCGUGCUUUCCUUGCUGUCAUCCUGAACCUGCUGGCUCUCAGCCUCUCCACCACUGCCUUGCUCGGCAGCUACUGGUGCACUGGGACCCAGAAAGUGCCCAAGCCUCUGUGUGGGAAGAGCAAAGCCACCAAGUGCAUUGGUGUCCCCGUGCCGCAUGAUGCAGGUGCUAGCAAUGUUUCGUCCCAGGAUGUGGUGCACUACAGCUGGGAGACCGGGGACGACCGCUUUGCCUUCAGAUACUUCCACACAGGGAUGUGGCUUUCCUGUGAAGAGAGCAUGGAAGGGCCAGAAGAGAAAUGCCGUAGCUUUAUAGAGCUUUCACCACCAGCGGAGAGAGGAAUCCUGUGGCUGUCGCUGGGAUCAGAGAUGCUGUACAUCAGCUUGCUGCUCAUCAGCUUCAUCCUCCUGAUGGUGGAAAUGCUGCAUACUGGCAAUCCUGUCUGUGGGUUGAAGCUCAACGCCUUUGCUGCUGUCUCCUCAGUGCUGUCGGGUCUCCUUGGGAUGGUGGCACACAUGAUGUACACUCAAGUCUUCCAGGCAACAGUUAGUCUUGGACCAGAGGACUGGAGACCACACUCAUGGGACUACGGCUGGGCAUUCUACAUGGCCUGGGCCUCCUUCACCUGCUGCAUGGCCUCUGCUGUCACCACUCUCAACACCUACACCAAGACAGUGCUGGAGUUCAAAAGGAACCACAUCAAGGGCUAUGAUGGGACCUUCAAGGAUCAGCCUCAGCACCACCAGUGCUUCAUACAGCAGCAAAUAAGAAGCUACUAUGAGCCCCAAGACAAGUCCCUCCACUCAGUCUCUGAGGGAGUUGACUUCUACACUGAUCUGCAGCAGAAAGUGCUACAGCGGGAACCAGAGAUGGAGCUGGAUGAAGUCUUGGGACAGACAAUAGGCGAGGAUCGCUGUUAGGGGAGUGUGCAGGGGCAGAGCAAUGGGGUUUGGGAGGCACUAGAGCUCUGAGCCAAACACCAGCACCACUGUUAGCAAGUUCUUGGGGAGCUCUUCCUUCCUCUAUGGUUUGGGGAGCGAGAUGGACACUAGACCAGAGUAACAGCAGUGCCAACAGCACGGUGGGUCCUCCCUGAUCAUAGUUUGAUGGGUGUCCCCAGCUGGGCAGGGUGAAACUGGAGCGACAUGUUGUUGAUGCCAGCUGUCUCCAAGCCCUUUUAGAGAGUUGAGGCAGAUGUCCUAAUCCCAGCAGUACUGCACCUGGGAAUAGAUAGCACCGUCCAGCUGGUGAACUGCAGUACUGGGCCUUUCUGGGUGGUGUCACAUUGACCUUCCAGCAACCGUCCUGGUUCAGUGCUAUGGCGAAGGGCAUUGGUGCUCAUAUUGAUUGGCUGUAAUCCUCUCUGAACACCCUGUUUAUUCUUCAUUUCCAGGCCCAACUUCCUCUUCUCCCUGCCCCCAGAUUAAAAGCGCUGCUGCAGUAGGAAUGGGGGUUUGCUUUCAAACAACUCUCUCCUCCUCCUCUUUCCUAUCUGUCAUGACUCCCACAUGCUUUCUUCUUGUUUCUCCCACCCAAAAUCUCCCAUUCUGAGAUACUUGCCUGUCUGUCUCUUUCUGCUGUGCUUCUCCACAACCUUUAAGAAUCCUUGGUUAGACUUUUGCUUUGUUUCUCUUCAUCUAUCACCUCUUCCCCAUUGUAAAUGUAAAAAUACCACAAACAAUCCGCAAAUCAAGCAAACUCAUCUCUCACAGAUGGAACACUGGUUCACGUGACACAUGAUGCUGUACAUAGUAUUUAUUUGCUCCACUGCAGUUCACAGUUCAAAUACAUUUUCCCAACAA